AUGCAAUAUGUAUUUAUUCCUGUUUUACCACUUUCAUUAUUGACAUAUAGUACUGCACCUAUGCUUUAUAUAAUUGGAGUAAAAAAUAAUUUUGUGUCAAAUGUAUAUAAAGACUGUGGUAAAAUGGAUGAUAUAAUUGUUCUUGACGUAGACAAUGGUAAAUUAUUAAAUAACCACCCACUAAAUUUUCCAUGA